AAACCAAACACUCUGACCUCAAGUUCUAAGCAAGUCCAGGCCUGCUCAAUAUGAGCACGUGAAUCUCUUCCAAGGUACACACUGUGUCCUCCUCCUAUAUACAAGUGGCAAGCGACCACUUCCCAGAGAACAGCAUUUGGGGGACGUAAAGGCUGAAUGUCUCGAUAACGGACUUAAACAUCAAAGAGGAUCAGUUGACCUGACUGCUCUGUUCCAGGGAUUCAUGAUAAGAUUCACACAAGGACAAGGAACAUUUUCCUGUGAAAGGAAACGUGUUGAUGAGCCACUAUGCCUGCCGGAUCAGUGAAAUUACAAAGCAUCAAAAAGCUUGGACAGGAGAAUCGCAGCUAUGAUAUUUCAGAUGACGAACCAGCUGGCUCUUACAUGAGCAUGACAUCAACCAAGGAACAUGAGAAAGAUCAAGGGAACAAGGAGCUGCCGGCAAUAAGAGUUGGCUUCUUUCAGCUGUUCCGUUUCGCUACAUGCAACGAGGUGGCGAUGAUGGUGGUGGGUAGCGUGUGCGCCGUGCUGCACGGCUCAGCCCAGCCUCUCAUGCUGCUGGUGUUCGGCCUGCUCACGGACACCUUCAUCGAGUACGACAUUGAGCUGAACGAGCUGAGCGACGAGCGGAAGGAAUGCGUGAACAACACCAUCCAGUGGAAGAAGAACUACACGGAUACACUCAUGCAGGGCAUGAACCAGUCGCACUGGAGCUCCUUCAACUAUUCCGACUGGGGGACACUGGUGCCAAUAAGGGACAGGUCAUGUGGGCUCCUCGACAUUGAAUAUGAAAUGACCUUAUUUGCCUUCUAUUAUGUCGGAAUUGGAGCAGCUGUGUUCAUUUUGGGAUAUAUUCAGAUCUCCUUGUGGGUAACUGCUGCUGCCAAGCAGAUUCAGCUUAUUAGGAAAAUCUACUUCAGCAAAGUGAUGAGGAUGGAGAUUGGCUGGUUCGACUGCACCUCGGUGGGCGAGCUCAACACGCGCAUGUCUGAUGACAUCAACAAGAUCAAUGACGCCAUUGCGGACCAAGUCGCUAUUUUUAUGCAGCGUUUCACCACCUUUGUGUGCGGCUUCUGCGUAGGCUUUGUGAAAGGAUGGAAGCUGACGCUGGUGAUCGUGGCAGCGAGUCCGCUGAUUGGCAUUGGAGCAGGUCUCAUGGCUCUGUUUGUGGCUAAACUAACAGGUAUGGAGCUGCAGGCGUAUGCUAAAGCUGGAGCCGUUGCAGACGAGGUACUCUCCUCGAUCAGGACGGUGGCUGCUUUUGGCGGAGAGAAAAAAGAGGUGCAACGCUACGACAAGAACCUGGUGUCAGCACAGCGCUGGGGCAUUAGGAAGGGUGUGAUCAUGGGCUUUUUCACUGGAUACAUGUGGCUGAUUAUCUUCCUGUGCUACGGCCUGGCCUUCUGGUAUGGCUCCAGUCUGGUGGUGGAUACAGAGGAGUACACACCAGGGACACUUCUGCAGGUCUUCUUUGGGGUUCUGAUUGCUGCCAUGAAUUUGGGUCAGGCAUCACCAUGUCUGGAAGCAUUCGCUGCAGGCCGUGGAGCUGCCACCAUCAUCUUUGAAACCAUUGACAGAGAGCCUGAGAUUGACUGUUUAUCUGAAGCAGGAUAUAAGCUUGAUCGCGUCAAAGGUGACAUUGAGUUUCACAAUGUGACCUUUCACUACCCUUCCAGGCCAGAAGUUAAGAUCUUGGACCAGCUCAGUGUUGCGGUGAAGUCAGGUGAGACCACAGCCUUUGUAGGCCCAAGUGGCGCCGGAAAGAGCACAACUGUCCAACUCAUUCAGCGCUUCUACGACCCUAAAGAGGGGAUGGUGACUCUAGACGGUCAUGACAUCCGCGGGCUGAACAUACAAUGGCUGCGCUCACUCAUUGGCAUUGUGGAGCAGGAGCCUGUGCUGUUUGCCACCACCAUUGCUGAGAACAUACGCUAUGGUCGCCCCGGCGUCUCCAUGGAUGACAUCGUCACCGCUGCCAAAGAGGCCAACGCCUACAACUUCAUCAUGGAUCUGCCCCAGAGAUUUGAUACCUUGGUGGGCGAGGGUGGAGGUCAGAUGAGUGGCGGUCAGAAGCAGCGCAUUGCAAUCGCUAGGGCGCUGGUAAGGAACCCUCGCAUCCUGCUGCUGGACAUGGCCACCUCAGCCCUGGACAACGAAAGUGAGGCUGUGGUCCAAGAGGCCUUGGAUAAAGUGCGCAUGGGACGGACCACCAUCUCUAUAGCCCACCGGUUGUCCACCAUAAAGAACGCAGAUGUGAUUGUCGGCUUUGAACAUGGCCAGGCAGUCGAGAAAGGCAAGCACAGUGAACUACUGGACAGGAAGGGUGUCUACUUCACCCUGGUCACCUUACAAAGCCAGGGUGACAAGGCCCUCAACGAGAAGGCACGGCAAAUGGCUGAAAAUGAAAACGUGCCAGAGAAGAUCAGUCUAUCCAGGGGCGGCAGCUACCGGGCCAGUUUGAGAGCCUCCAUCCGUCAGAGAUCCAGAUCGCAGCUGUCCAACCUGAUUCCAGAAUCUUCUGUUCCCAUCGCUGGAGAGCUCGGCCCCAGAGCCUACGCUGUGUCACAAGCAGACAAAUCCAAGAACGCCAUCCUAGAAGAGGAGGAUGAGGAACCUGUGGAGCCAGCGCCAGUUGCUCGGAUCUUGAAGUACAACUUGCCUGAGUGGCCUUACAUGCUUUUUGGAUCUCUUGGGGCUGCUGUGAAUGGUGGGGUCAACCCUGUCUAUUCGCUGUUGUUCAGUCAAAUCUUGGCGACUUUCUCGGUUACAGAUCCUGAGGCUCAGAGGAAAGAGAUUGACAGCAUCUGCUUAUUCUUUGUCAUGGUCGGCGUCAUCUCCUUCUUCACUCAGAUGCUGCAGGGUUAUGCCUUCUCCAAAUCUGGAGAGCUGUUGACACGCAGGUUACGUCGUCUGGGCUUCCACGCCAUGCUGGGCCAGGAGAUUGGCUGGUUUGAUGAUCACAGGAACAGCCCUGGAGCUCUGACCACACGACUGGCGACCGACGCCUCACAAGUACAAGGGGCUACUGGCUCCCAGAUCGGCAUGAUCGUCAACUCUCUGACCAACAUCGGGGUGGCCAUCCUCAUGUCCUUCUACUUCAGCUGGAAGCUCACGCUGCUCAUCCUGUGCUUCCUGCCCUUCAUCGCUCUAUCAGGUGGUUUCCAGGCCAAGAUGCUCACUGGAUUUGCCAAGCAGGACAAGGAAGCUAUGGAGUCUGCUGGACGGAUUUCAGGUGAAGCCUUGAACAACAUUCGCACCAUCGCUGGUCUUGGGAAGGAGAGGAAUUUUGUGGACAUGUAUAACGCACAGCUGGAUGCUCCAUAUCAGGCAGCCUUAAAAAAGGCUAACGUCUACGGGGCUUGUUACGGUUUCGCCCAAUGUGUCAUCUUCUUGACCAACUCUGCCUCUUAUCGGUUCGGGGGCUACUUGGUACGCCAAGAAGGGCUCCAUUUCAGCUUGGUGUUCAGGGUCAUUUCUGCCAUCGUCACCAGUGGCACAGCCUUGGGCAGAGCCUCCUCCUACACCCCUGACUAUGCCAAGGCCAAGAUUUCUGCUGCACGUUUUUUCCAGCUGCUGGACCGCGUGCCUCAGAUUAGCGUCUACAGCAACAACGGAGAUAAAUGGGAUAACUUCCAAGGCAACAUUGAGUUCAUUGACUGCAAGUUCACUUACCCCACCCGACCAGACAUCCAGGUCCUCAAUGGGCUGAAUGUGGCGGUGAAGCCCGGCCAGACAUUGGCCUUUGUGGGUAGCAGUGGCUGUGGAAAGAGCACCAGUGUGCAGCUUCUGGAGAGGUUUUAUGACCCCGACAAAGGCAGAGUGCUGAUUGAUGGCCGCGACUCGACUCUCGUCAACGUGUCUUUUCUGCGAUCCAAGAUUGGCAUUGUGUCCCAGGAACCAAUCUUGUUUGACUGCAGCAUCGCAGAAAACAUCAAGUACGGUGACAACUCGCGGGACAUUGGCACGGACGAGGUCAUCUCCGCCGCCAAGAAAUCGCAGCUCCACGACUUCGUCAUGUCUCUUCCCGAGAAAUAUGACACAAACGUGGGCGCCCAGGGUUCUCAGUUAUCUCGAGGUCAAAAGCAGCGCAUUGCCAUCGCCAGGGCAAUCAUACGUGACCCCAAGAUCCUGCUCCUGGAUGAAGCCACCUCAGCUCUGGACACAGAGAGUGAGAAGACCGUGCAAGCGGCGCUGGACAAAGCUAGAGAGGGCAGGACCUGCAUCGUUAUCGCCCACCGUCUGUCCACCAUUCAGAACUCGGACAUUAUCGCCGUCAUGUCCCGGGGCUACGUGAUCGAGAAGGGAACGCACGACCAGCUUAUGGCCCUGAAUGGAGCCUACUACAAGCUGGUCACCACUGGAGCGCCAAUCAGCUAAUAGCUUUGAGAGUGUAACCCACUGGAAACAAAUGUGAUGAGCUGAGUUAUUGCAUGCAUUGUAUGCUGACGGAACAUCAGAAAGUGACUCUUCACCUUUACAGUAUUUAUUUGUGUGGAAAGCCCUGUCACACCAAGGGGGAUUGCUGAGGCAUUUCAGGACUAUGGAUCUACGUUGGUAUCUUUGUUUUGCAAGUCAUUUGCCAACAUAUAGUGAGAGACUUUGAGAGUUCCCAGCUCAUUACACCAUAAAGGUGGUUUGCGUUGGCUGUUAAUAAAUAAUCAUCAGGAAAGGAUGUCCAAACAUCCGUUUUCUAUACCACUGAUCAUCUUCAUUUAGCUGAUUUAGGAUGAGAAGUUAAGUACACCCUGGACUGAUAAUGUACUAAACCUAACCAAUCCUUUCUUAAAUGAAUACAUUACAAAACAGGCAGAAUUAGUUUCUUAGCACAAAUGUGUUAAGAGGGCACUUUCAAAUUUCAAAUUACAGUGGAUCCCUGCAUUCUCAGCACUCGCGACUUCGGAAAGUUACAGAAUAUAUAUAUUUUUUUGUCCGUUUUUUCCGAAGAAAACACAUCUCAUUCAUGCUACGUUGGUAAUACUUUAUAAAUAGCCCACAUGGCAGCCCCACAGUCGAUCGAUGUCAUGGCUCGAGCGUGACUCUGAUCCAUCCCAUCAUCUAUCACCAUUGUCAUUCAUUCGUGGUGAUUACCUAUACCUUUUAUACUUUAAAUGUUUUUAAUAAGUGAUAAAAUAUUACAAUUAUUUUAUUUUGAUGCAGUGAUGGCCAGUUUUAAAUGAACAAACCAACAAUCAAGUUUGUUUGUAGUUGUAAAUGUAAUUAAGGUGUUUUUACUCGCUUUUUUGUCUCUCUUACGAGGUUGUGCUUUUUUUCCUACAGCAUCUGUUACAACAUCGUAUGCAAAUUAACUGGUGACAUCACCCAGUGACAGCCACUAGCUACUUUUCUUACUGAGGAGUUGGCAACAGUGCAAAAGAACUUAAGUUGAUGGGAGAAUGCACGCAAGUCCAGAUUUGCUCCACCCAGAGUGUGUAUUUUGAAUGAAGGCACGUCGUGACAGACUUACGUAGCUUACGUAGAUUUUCCGCUUACGCGCAUGGGAGAAUAGGGCCCAAAAUGAGCAGUAAAAGAGGGAGGACCUGCUGGAGUUCCUUGGACAAGUAGUUGGUGUAUCUUUGUCCUGCAUUGUUAGCGUUUAGAUAGUUUUUCUUUCUGUGGAAAAGAAAUCAAAAAGAUCAUCUUGAAGGAAAUUCAAGUAGUGAUUCAAAGGUUUUGUCUUGAUUUACUCAACAUUUUUUAUCCAAAUGUUUAUUUUGCAAGUUCGGAUAACUGCCAGUCACAAUGCUGCCUGACUGCCAUCGCCUGCUACAAAAUGUCAUGGCCAAUUUGAAGAAUUUCUAAUCUAAAAGCAUUUUUUCCACAUCUUUAAAACGAAAGCACAGAUAUGCUGGUGUCUCUGCGCUACUUCAGAAGUCAGAUAUUAAACCUUGCCGAGAUUUUGCGACCCGAUGUAGCCUCCCGAUUCUUGACUCGCACGCUCCGCCGGGUCAUGCUGUCAGGUGUGCAGGUGUCAGAGAGACCGUCAUUUAGUGGUAAUACAGUAUGCGAUCACGCCACACUGACCUCUGGAAAUGGACUCUUCCGUCAUGACAUCUCCAGACUUGGACUCAGGGGUGGAUUUGCAUUCUUCGGAUGCAAUCUCAUUUGUCGCUUCUUCUGCCAGUUGAUUCAGCCAGAGGAUGUUGUAUGACUUGGUGCCAUGUGACUGAUUUAGCAGACAUCAGAGGCUGGCCGACGGGUCCCUGAUGACCGUGAUAUCAGUGUAUUUAACAUCAAGAAACAUUCAACUUUCAAGUGAAGGCCGAGGGAUGCACUUGUGGAUCUCCAGUGACAAUGAAUGCUAUUAAUAUGGCAGUCAGUCGCACUGCAAUAUUUUUUUUCAUAGCAUUUAAUUACCUGUACAACUGCACCAUAACAUUCAUCGUAUACACGGUUUCUAUUCGCUUUUCUUUUUUAAAAUUUGACUUCUUUCCAGUUGAUUUUCUUGUGUGUUUUUCUGCCACGCAGAGCGGCUUAACACAUCAAUGCUUUCUACCCAUCGCCUCACCUUUGAUCCUCUUGCAAGGAAAGCACACACUUCAGAACUGAAAUAAUAAAAUGGCUCAGAGAGACUCACAAUAUUAUUUCAUCCAUCCUUAAUGAGGCAAAGAUUAUGUUUUUAUCUGACUUUGAAUCCACUGGCAGAAACAAUGACACUCUUCUCUCACAAUAAUACCAUGGAAGUCUAGUACAAAAAGAUAGUAGUACCGAUAUAGUACAGAAAGACGUUUUUUUUAAUAAAGCUUAUGAGUCAUACCACCCACAUAAUGAAACAGCUGCGUAAGUCACAUGUCUCUUAUUUAUGUUUCUCACAUCUUAAUGACAGUAAAGAUGAAUGACGUGUUUAUGUUUGUAUGUAUUGAUCAAAUGCACAAACUGAGCAAAAUGAUACCAUGUGUGUUGAAACUUGGUUUUAAUAAAAGGAAGUGUUAGUUACCCCAAGUAUUUACAUCAC